CUGCCACUUCUACAGAACCAUCUUCAUAUAUAUCAUACACCUAACACUCACACACACAACUUCUUUAACUGCAUAUCAAAGACUCCUCACAUGGCAGAAAUGCAUAUACAGCAUCAAGAAGACCACAACCAUAUCCCUAAUAAUAACCCUAACCAUAUCCCUAAUAACCCUAACCAUAAUCCUAACCCUACCCAUUACACACACUACCGUUUCCCUGGCAAAGUUCCUCAUCAUCAAGUCCACAACAUGGACAAAGCUACACCUUCACGCUUCAGACCCAAUGCACCCAAACGUGAACACUGCAUUUGCAUCACCGUUUUCCUCCUCUUACUUGGCAUCAUACUCCUGAUCCUGUGGCUCGCCUACCACCCUUCCAAGCCCCGUUUCACGGUGGCCAGCGCCGCUGUCUACGGCCUCAACGCCACAACGCCGCCACUCAUAUCCAUCUCCAUGCAAUUCAACGUCGUAAUAAGAAACCCUAACAGGCGUGUCUCUAUUUACUUCGACAGGCUCUCGGCCUACGUUUCCUACCGAAACCAACCCAUCACGCCACAUGUCAUGCUUCCACCGCUCUUCCUGGAUAAGCACAGCGCCGUGUCGUUGUCGCCGGAGAUCGGAGGCGUGCCGGUGCCAGUGUCGGAGGAGGUCACGAAUGGAUUGGUGAUGGACGAGAGUUAUGGGGUGGUGGGUGUGAAACUCGUGUUGUAUGGAAGGUUGAGGUGGAAAGCUGGUGACAUAAACUCAGCACACUAUGGAUUGUAUGUGAAGUGUGAUGUGUUGAUGGGUCUGAAGAAAGGUAUUAUGGGUCAGGUUCCUCUCCUUGGAUCUCCAGUUUGCGACGUGAACACAUGAAUACUAUGUUCUGUUUCACAUUUCAGACGCCAUUUUUCACAUCUUUGUCGACCCGAUUCUUCUAUUUCUAACAUGUUUGAAAACAUGCUCGAAAGCUACUAUAUGUCUGAUUAAUAAACUACAAUGUGUGCAUGCAUGUAUCUUAGUGAUCCUAUUACUAUACUACAUUUUAAUAUUUUUAUGCCAAAAACUAGAAAUUAGGUAUAUAGAACUUGGAUUUUGUAUUUCGGGACUUUAAUUUUGUGUUUAAGUGAUAUGUACUAUGUAAUAGAAAGUAGAAAUUCGAUUGUUUGAAUUCUUUUUGAUUGUACAAUGUUUGUGUUGUGAUGUAGAAAGAUUUAUGAAAUAGAAUCAUAAAUAUUAUGAAUUUGUGCAUGGCCUGGUUU